GAAAAAUGGAUCCACGAUGUAACAAGCCUCGCGACUUUGUAGCGAUCUAUAAAAAUUUGACCGAGGAAGUUCAUAAGAUAAAACGCUUACGAAUGAAAUGGUUACAAAAAUACGAAUGGCUAUUAGACGAGCAUAAGAAACUACGGAAAGAAAUAGAGAAACUGUGCGAAGAAAAGCAAACGGUCAUUGCCACGGAAACGUUCGAACGAGAGGAGGGAAAAACUUGUCUGCCAACUCCGAUUACUACUAAUGGCGAGUACGGUUGGCUCGCAUCGAGACCAAAAUUUCAAUUAGAGAAAUAUGGAGCUUAUACGCCGCAAUAUCCUGAUCCCCUUAAGGAGAUAACUCCAUUAUACGGAAAUAUGCCUGUUCUUGCAGCAGGCGUAGGAUACAUUUGGUGA